AGUCUAGUUUCUCACAGGUAAUGAAGCAGUUAUUACUUGCUUUAAUAUUCCUUUAGCCACUGUACAUAACCCCUUUUUGACUUUCCAUCGUAUACUUUUGGACUGUGUUGCAUCUAUACGAGGUGUGGGACUUGACGCCUGCUUAGGCAACUAAUGCACGCAAAUAAAAAUACGAGAUUUUACAACGAAUUUCUGCUUAACUGUGGAAUAUUAGCUUCGUAGUUUGUUUUAUUCUAUCACUGAUGUAUUCCAAUAUUCUUGACCAGCAUUGCAUGGUAGUAGAGAGCAGCAACAUAUUAAUGCCAUGAAAUACAUUCGUCACGUUUAUAUAAAGGGUGACAACAGUUGCUAGCAGUUUAUAAGACAAAUGUUUAGAAGGUAUUCCGUCGUACAAUGAAGUGGAUUCUAAUCGCGUUUAUCUUAUGCUGCUUCAUCUCUAUCCAAACUGCCAGUCGCUUCAAGCCGAAUAAGGCCUGUUUGGUAAGAAAUAAGUACAGACAUGAGCGGAGUUGCUCGGGACCUCGACGUAAAUUCUUUGCUUUUCAUCGCAUCAUUCUAAACUGCGUUGCAGUUUACACGAAAUGCAAACGAUUCCAUGCACAUAACGAGUAUCCAACGCUUAAGAAAUGCCAAUGGUCUUGUGGUUGGCAUAUGAAGAUUGUUUUGCCCAUGAAUAACACGAAAGGAUCUGGUUCCGGAUCUGGAUCCGAAAGUGGUUCUGGCGAUGAAGACCUUGGUGGUACUCCCACUGGUGAUGAAGAGACUACAACUGUGGGUGAAGAAACUCCGCCUCCAGAAGAGGCCGCUUGAGAUUCAUCUUUGUAAUAAAUUAGUUAUCGCAUGAAUAAAACUUCACUUGAAACAUCACACACGCUCUGCCUCACCCUCUUUUUACACACACAUAUAUGUUGCUUAA